UUGUUGUGGAUUAUUGGAUGUUCUACAGUAAUUCAGGCCUAUAAAUAGGUGAACGUCACUGUUUGUCGGUCUCUUCAGUUGGUUGUGUCGACUUCUAGAGUUCGUUGUAAGCGGACUUAGUCUUAGAUCUCUUUAUGAAAACUAUUGUAUCUUAGUCUAAUCCGUACGCAAUGCCUCUAGAUUUCUAAUUGCCCAGUAGACAAAACAGAAUUUAUUUUACAAAAGAUAGGCCUACUUCUACUUUUAAAACUUUUCACAUUAUAUUGAGAUUGUCAACCAUGCCUCCUACAAAGGAUCAGCUACAGCGUCUAUGGAGAGAGGCUGAUGCUGUGUGUUUUGACGUAGAUUCAACUGUCAUCAAGGAUGAGGGGCUUGAUGAUCUUGCCAACUUUUGUGGGGUUGGUCCACAAGUUGAAGCAAUGACGUUAAAGGCUAUGGGUGGUGGCAUGACUUUCAGAGAGGCCCUCACACUCCGCCUCAAUAUAGUUCAGCCUAGCCGGGAGAAAGUGGAGGAAUUCAUUGUGACCCACCCAUCUACAUUCAGUCCAAGAAUACUAGAGUUAGUAGCACUACUAAAGUCAAGGAACACUGAAGUAUUUUUAGUCACUGGAGGCUUUCGAAGCAUCAUCACACCAGUAGCCAAUGCACUUGGUAUCCCCCAGGAUCACCUCUUUGCUAACACACUUCUGUUUAAUGAAGACGGCAGCUACGCAGGUUUUGACACAACACAACUGACAUCUGAGUCUGGUGGUAAGGCUCGGGUGGUUCAGCUUAUCAGAGACCAGUACAAAUUUAAGACUGUGCUCUUCAUUGGGGAUGGAGCAACUGACAUGGAAGCUGCACCCCCAGCCGAUGGUUUUAUCGGGUAUGGAGGUAAUGUGGUGAGGGCCAAAGUGAAAGAGAAUUCAGCAUGGUUCAUCACAGACUUCCAGGAACUAAUUGAUCAACUGCAGGAUCCGACAUCUACAACAAAUGGCGGCGCAUGUUGAAAAGAACAAUUUUGAUGUACAAAUUCUCAAGGGUUUUCUGGUGUACUUUUUUAACAUAUUGAGGAUCUACUGUUUAACUAUGCAAGAAAUAAUUCCUCCAGAUGUAUAUAGGAUGAGAUGUUUUCUGAGUGAAAUGUGAUAUGAUAUUUUUUUUAUGGUCAUUUUAAGAAAACAUGAAAUCCUCUUUUUUUUUUCAAAAAGGUUUAACAAUAUUUAGGCAUAGACUUUUUUCACAAUAAGUUAAAGGAACUCUAUUUUUUUAUAAAUGUUUUGAUAAACGUUUAGCUGUUAUUGUAUUCUAAACAAAGACUACACACAAAAUGUGAUAUUUUCAAGGUUGUUAGAAUUACCUUGACCUUGGUCCUGUUUGAUACAGGGUGCUGUAUACAAUUAUUUUUUACCCUCAAGUCUAUCUAACAAAAUUAACCCUAUGCAUCCCGAUAGACUAUUAUCAUUAAACUAUAUUGAUACUUCAUGCAAUUCAUUUUGGCACUUGUCUAUACUGAAUGAUACUGCCAAUACCCAUGUUUUUUUUUUGGUACUGGUAAUUGUAAUGAGAAACCAUGUUAGAACUAUGUCAUGAAGAUAGUAACAUAUGAGACAACAAAAAUAUUCCUAACUGGACUAAGCUUGAUUAUGUAUAGAUCCUAAUGCCUUGAAUGUAAAUUUAGCCAGACAAGCAAUACGCAGACAAAUACUCUACAAAAACUAUUUUUUGAAAUGUAUUUUUUUGCUCAACUAAUUGAAAUUUUGAUGUACAUUUAAUUCAUAAAUAGAUUGAAGUUAUGCUAUGCAUUCCACAAAUGACACAGUUUUUAAAGAGAAGCAAAUGCAGUCAUCCCAAUCACUUUGGGCUGUACUGUAGCUCUGAUCACUCUUGUAUGUUGUUUGGUCUAGACUUGUAAUUGUCAUUUUUUGUCUGUGUAUGUACUAUAUUAGUACAUUAUGUAUUGGUCACAUUAGUUGUUUUAAUAAACUGCCAUUUGAUGGUUGUUUCUUCCAA